AUGCCGCCUCCAGAAGGCUCCCUAAGCGGGGUUGAUGCUCUGAACGGCUUGGUGGAGAACUCUGUUCUUGUCGUUCAGAAAUUAAAUGCGUAUGUGAAGGACAUUUACAGACAGGCCAACACUCAGUGUUGCGGGAGACAAUCCACCGAAAUUGCAGCUCUCUCUGCGGAUGCAUGGAACCCGCCAGCAACAUUGAACGCUCUGGCUCUGGCUCAAGAUGCGGCGGUAUUGAUCCGGGCCCAUGCCACCAAGAUAUCUCUUCUUAUUAUCAACGAGCCGUUCACGCCCUCUGCCAUAUCCAAGGUUGUCCAGGAAGUGAUGGGCGGCCCGGUCCCAGCAUUAUCAAAUGCGGCCCACGAAUGCUACGGUGAUCGAUACACAUACGAUUUUCAGCGUGAGCUGGCAUUGCGGUGUCAAAGAGUACUCACGCAAGUCGAGCUGCUGCUUAAUUCCAUCCCAAAGGACGGGAAGGUUCUCAAGACUGAUAAGAAAGAGGUGGCAACAAAGAGGGGGACGAGCAGCGUCAAGACAAACAGCGCCGUUGCAGAAAGAGGCGCCUUCACGGAGAUCGGAAUACUGUGGACAGAGUGCGACAGCGUGGUAGCAUUGGCAAAGGGUGGUGUCCGAGAUCGCCUUAUACAGAUCGUGGGGCAGCUCGCCGAGACGCUGAAGGACGAGCUGGAAGAGUUAAAGGAGUGGAGUGAAGAAGAUGCCGACGACGACGACGACGAAGAUGAUGCUGAUGACGAUGCCAAUGACAGUGACGACGCAGCAGGGACAUCAGACAUCGCUUCAGAUGACCAUCAUGCAUCUACGCAGGCCAUGCUAGACGACUUGAUGGAUGCAGGACGCCACAUUCCGACUGCCGACCCGGAAGGGCUCCGUCCGCGACUCGAGGUAACGCUCCGGAAAAUCAGAAUGACACAUCUGCUGUGCACAGCUAUUGUCAAGCGCAGGAUUCGCAGUCUACCGACUCUCCCGACGGAGAAGCCAUCCAACAUCGCCGCUCGGUUGGACAACGCGAUGAUGGUGCUACAAGAGCUACCAGACCGGCUUGGCGAACUGGCGGCGGCCUUUUACGAUCUGAGCGCCUCUCGGGUGGAUUCCCACAUGGGCCAGUGCUUUGAGGAUGCCUUUGUGGCGUCGGAACUUCUUGUGCUAUCGUGGGAUGGGAAGCAGGAUACAUUCAGCGACUGGACAACAAAAUUUCAGGCGGAGAUUCGGAAACUCUAG